AUGCCCUCCUCAGACACAUGUUCGGACUCUGAGGGCAGUACACACACUCCCAAACCUUUUGAAGGGCAUACCGACACUGUCCAUGCUGUCGCUUACUCUCCUGAUGGUACCAAAAUUGCCUCGGGCUCCUACGAUAACACAAUACGGAUCUGGGACUCGCACACCGGCAUGCAGAUCGGAAACCCUCUGGAAGGUCACUAUAGAGAAGUCUACGCAGUCGCAUUCUCUCCCGAUGGACGAAGACUAGCAAGCGGCUCUGGUGACAACUCAGUUCGUAUAUGGGAUACCUUAGUCACGGUUUUGGGUCCACUAAAAGAACACGCCAAAAGCGUAUGGUGGGUCGAGUACUCUCCAAGUGGACAAUUCAUUGCCAGUGCGUCCUUAGAUAGGUUCGUGCGGAUCUGGGACGCAAACUCUGGAGAGUGCGUACACACUUUAGAGCAUCCUGCCGGAGUGAACGAGGCAAUAUUAUCUCCCAGCGGCCAUCAUAUUACAUCAGCCUGUGACGACAAAAUGAUACGAGUAUGGAAUGUGGCUUCGCAAGCGCUUAUCUUCCCCCCUCUUGCAGCACACAAGUCAGAGGUAUGGGCAGUAUCAUAUUCCCCAGACGGACGUUUGUUAGCGAGCGGAAGCCAGGACUGCACAAUCUUUGUGUGGGACGCUGAGACAGGAAAAAUACGCAAAGGGCCGCUGAAGGGACACAAGCUUGCGGUCUCCGAUCUCGCAUUCACGUCCGACAGACAGAUGCUUAUCAGCGUUUCAAACGACAGAAGCGUACGCGCCUGGGAUCCAGUGGCAGGCGAUUGCCUGUGGGGCCCGAUAAUCAUUACACCCUGGUGGGCCACGUCUUUGGCAUGGCUUCCCGAUGGCGAACACUUCGCAAGCGAAGGGAGUGGGUUUACUAUCAAAAUAUGGAAUGCGAUCACAGGAAAAGAAAAAAAAGAUAUAUGUGCCCAUCACACUAACUAUAUUCUCUCCAUCGACAUCUCUCCUGACGGCUCGAAGAUAGUUAGCGGCUCUCGAGAUCAGACUGUUUGUCUAUGGGACGUUGCAACCAAAAAACUUGCCAUGGAUCUCAUCAAGGGUCACACUAACGAAGUCAACGCUGUCAAAUUCACACCCGAUGGUUCCCAUGUCGUCAGCGUCGGUGACGACCGUACUAUCCGCGUAUGGGAUGCUCAGACUGGCACUCUGCUUCGAGUCAUAGAAGGGCACGAUGCUCCCAUCCGUACUCUCAGUGUAUCUCCCGACGGAUUGAAGGUUGCAACAGGGUCAGAAGAUACAUCGGUGCGCGUUUGGGAAACUCAAACAGGCUCUCUGAUAGCGGGGCUGUACAGCCACGAUGGCUAUGUGUUGUCCGUUUGCUCACUACAGGCAAAUGAGCUAAUUCUCGCUUCCAAUGACAAGACAGUCGGCAUCUGGGAUAUCAAGACUGGCCAGCUCCUUCGGUCUCUUGAAAACAAAAGCUGGGUGCCUGUGGCCGCAUUUUCGCCCGAUGGGACACGGAUUGCAAGCGGGACACGAGAUGGAUACAUCAGAGUUUGGGAUACAGCGAGCGGAAAUCUUCUCAUGGGCAAGGUAUGUUUCGGAUCUACAUCUUAUAGUCUCACAUGUUGA